CUUAGUUCAUCAAUCUCAAGUUGCGGAAACUUGUACUGGUUUCGGGCUAUCGCUUCGAAAUGGAGAUUUUUACCAACUGCACUCUGAAUGGAACUACGGCCAACUGCUCUUUGCGGCUGAACAAUGGUAUACCUUCAGCUGUGUCAGGGAAAUCGUCGACGUUCAAGAUURUAAAAAUAACUGCAUAUGUUGGAGUCUCGUUGAUAGCUCUACUUGGCAAUGUGCUCGUCAUUUUAAUCAUUUGUCGCAACAAAAUGUUAAGAAAGACUAUUAACCUGUUUAUUUUGAACAUGGCUAUUUCAGAUCUUUCCGUACCGUUUAUAUUUGUACCAAUGAGGGUUUACUCACUUUAUGUGGACGCAAUGAUAACAAACACUGCGUGGCCUUUUCGCGGAGGUUUCGCUGGRGACUUUCUCUGUAAAGCUGCGAUGUUUUUGGUGGAUUCUUCUCCUGUGAUAUCCAUUUUAAGCCUGGUUCUCAUGGCUGCCGAUCGCUUCUAUGCAGUGGUCUUCCCGCUGAAAGCRCCGCGCGUCCGGUUUAAGACCCGAGUGCUGUUGCUUGUCUCUUCUUGGGYCAUUGCGUUUAUAUCUUUUGCGCCUUAUUUCUAUGUUUUUGCAGUAAGGAAUGGUUUUGGACAACCUACGUGUAGUUUGGUCUGGCCGGAUAACCACCCAACGCGUAUGCAGAUUUAUAGUACGAUUCUUUGUACCGUAUUCACGUUAAUUCCUUUCAUCUUACUUUCUGUGAUGUACUCUAUUAUGYUACUCAUUCUAAGRAAGCAAAAGAUUGCACAAAACUACGCAAGGAACACAAGAAGGCAGCGCAACAACAGGAAUAUUGUGUUCAUGGCGUUAGCUAUUGUGGUUGUGUUUGCAGCUUGCUGGGGACCGUACAAUGGAUUUGUGUUUAUUGCAACAUUUGUAUGGAAAUGGAAAAUGCCUUCCAAUCUGCAAAUCAACGUUGAAACUUUCUUUUUCACUGUGUUUUUCCUGGCAACAUGCAAUGCUGCACUUAAUCCUUGUAUUUAUUUCAUUUUCAUUCAAAAAUAUCGUUCUGCUCUUAAAAGACUCCUUUGCGGUGGUGAUGCCCCUAGUUUUAGCCCAAAAAAUACUUAUUCUGACCAUGAGACGCAAAACUGCCAUGCAAAGAAACAUUUACUUGCCGGAAUUAAGAACGGCCCGGCCUCAGCCUCUUCAGACAARGCGAACUCGAUUGUUUAAUGAACACAWAUAAAACGAUUAUCAUGACUAAGAUGUGCCAUGGAGACUACUAAACCUAUCAGAAACUGGCUCAGUUUGUCUGACAACAUUGACUUGAAAACUGAUGAUUCGAAAUACUAUAACAUAGAAAGCAAACCUUAAUUUUUUUGGGUAUAUUCUUAGACUUAGAGUAUUCAGCAUUUACUGACGUUAUCUAUAGUGUUUGUUAGGAAAGAUGCUUCAAGGCAAACGGCGGCGACAUUUAUAGUAGCUAGUGAUGGACAUAAAAUGAUAACAUAAAAUUGCACUCGCCGCUCGUCAGUCAGUUGUUGAACAUUAUGUAUCAUAUACAUGUGAUAGUAAUAAAAGCUUUAGCCGGUUAUAAGAUAACUGUCCAGGGAGUUUUUCCAUUGAUUAAUUAUGUAGACUAAGCAAAUUCAAAUGUCACUUUUCUCGUCGCAACGUUUGAAAAAAUUUUUUUGCAGUGCAGUAAAUCUUAUGGAAAAGGAAGUUGCAUGAUGAAUACCCUUUUUUCGUAGCGGGAAGUGCUUUUUAAUUCCUUCUCAACUACUCGGCGCGGUAGGGGUUAAAACUGUCAUUCUAUAAAACAUUGUGUGUUAUCCAUCUCAACCUGUUAAAUUGAAAGAACAUUUACAACACAAGCUGAAAAUAAACUCAAGUUUGUGUGAGACAAUUGUUGUUCGCAUUGAUCAUGAUAUCCUUGGCGUGUGUUUUGUUAAUUCACUGCAAAAGAUAUGAACAAUUGUUGGAUAAGUAGGAGUAAAGAUAAUUAAGUCUUAAACAUCUGCUCAAAGAGUCCAACAGAUUCUAAUCUUUUUAGUAGAGUUACUCGGUUUAGAUAGAUACAGUAGAACCGAUAAGCCCUGAAAUGUAAUAA